GAGAAAGUAUAUGUCCGAUUCAUCCAAACUAAUAUUAUUCAUACUGCGCUGCUAGCCACAAGGCAGCUGCUUGGAGUAUUACUAAGUUUUAGACGGGAAAUAUCAAUAUAAAUACUGGCAAAGAUUGCCAUUUGCGCGCGCGCGCGCGCACACAGGGAGAGAGGGAGGGAGAGGAUGGAGGGUGCGGCCCAGAUCAUCUUGAGCAACACUGGGCAGCUGCUGAGUGAGGAGUACCGGCAGCUACGCGGCGUCAGUAACGAGGUUGUUGAGCUGCGAAACGAUCUGGACACCAUGAAUGCCCUGCUCAUCAUGCAGUCCGAGGCCGAGGACGGCGCCGUGGACCACUUCGUCCGGGUAUGGAUGAAGCAGUUGCGUGAGCUCGCCUACGAUGCGGAGGACUGCAUCGACCAGUACAUGCUCCGCAUCAAGUCGAGGCCGUUCAGAACGCUCUUGGAGCGCCGCCGCCUCGCCUCUGAAAUCAGCGCCCUCCGCACCCGCGCCGUCGCCAUUAGCGAGCGCCACGCGCGGUACGGCGUCGACCGCGAGGCUCUGCGCCGCUCCCCUUCUUUAUCUGCCCCUCCGGUACUGGCGGCGUCCGCGUCUGGGCAUGCGCUCCGCCCAGACAACGACCCUGCUGCUAACCACCACCCAUGCCAGCUCGUCGGCAUCGAGGACCAGGCGGAUAACCUGGUCGAGCGGCUGAUGGCGCAGGCGGGCGGAGAGCGCGAGCGCAAGGUAUUCUUUAUAGUGGGGUUCGGGGGCCUCGGCAAGACUACGCUGGCCAUGGAGGUGUGCCGGCGGUUGGAGACGGAGUUCCCGUGCCAGGCGAUGGUGUCGGUGUCUCAGGCGUUCGACCCUUGCAGGGACCUCAAGGCGCUGCUCAAGCGCGUGCUUCAGCAGGUCGUCAAGGUCAAAACGGAGAAUGAGAGAGGGGUCAAGGAAGAGGGGACCCUGAGAGAAAUCGACGGCCUGGAUGAGCACCAGCUGGCCGACCAGCUCAAGGAGAUCAUCAAGGACAAAAGGUACCUCUUUGUGGUCGAUGAUGUGUGGACCAUUCGAGCAUGGGAGGCAAUCCAAUCAAUGUUGCCAGGGAACAAGUGUGACAGCAGAAUCAUAGUGACCACUAGGAUAGAGGCUGUGGCUAAAGCAUGCAUUUCUAGUAGUGUAUCUUACGUCCAUGCUAUGAAACCCCUUGAGCUCGAAGAUUCCAAGAAGUUGUUCCUCAGUAGAGCAUUUGGCUCCGAGAGUGCAUCUUGCCCCGAGGAUCUCAAAUCUGUAAUGGACAGUAUUCUCAAGAAAUGUGGUGGGCUACCAUUGGCCAUUGUUAGCAUUGCUAGCGUUCUGGCGGGCUACAGUUCAUCAGAAAACAAAUAUAAGUGGGAAACAAUUACCAAAUCAAUUGGUUCUCAGAUGCAGAGCAACGCUACCCUUGAGGGGAUGAGGCAGAUACUGACGCUUAGCUACAACCACCUGCCUCAUCACCUCAAGGGUUGCAUGAUGUACCUUAGCAUCUUCCCGGAGGAUUACGAGGUCGACAAAUAUCGGCUCUUGUGCAGAUGGAUCGCCGAAGGAUUGGUUCUGGAGAAGCGAGGCUUGACCCUAAUGGAGGUUGCAGUAUCCUACUUGGAUGAGCUGGUGAGUAGGAACAUGAUUGAGUCAAGAGUUGGUUUCAGAAACUCUUAUUGGAAGGUGCAUGAAAUACUUCUUGAGGAGUCGUGCCGGGUGCACGACAUGCUUCUUGAGGUCAUGGUCUUCAAGUCGUUGGAGUCUAACUUUGUCAGCCUGCUAGGAGGGCAGUAUGCAACUAUGUCCUAUGAUAGGAUUCGUCGCCUCUCCAUCCAGGGGGGUGAUGAUAGGAGGCCCCAGGGUGCAUGGAAGCACAAGAAGCAGAUGUCUGGACACAGCAUUAAGGGGAUGGGCGUGGAGCAUGUUCGAUCAUGUGUAACAAAAUACUAACCCGGCUGUUAGUAC